AUGGGGAUCCCAGCACCAACUGGUACAGGCAUAUGUCAGCCUGCAAGUGCAACCAAGUUCAGUUCAAUGCCACACAAACUGAGAUUUCCUUUUGAUAAAUUUCUUGUGGGUAGUCUCUGCAAAACACUCUUAAUUUCAGGGCUAUUUCUGUAUUUAAUCUCCUUAUUUCUUUCCAACAAUCCCGACUGCCCUGCUUCUGAAUUCUUCUCUCCCUUGAGACUCACAUGGCCUCUUCCAAAAUCAGAAAUUACAGACUCCACCACAAAUCUAAACCACCUUAUGUUUGGACUUGUUGGUUCUGUCGAUGCGUGGAAACACAGAAAAGCCUACAUAGAAUCAUGGUGGCGGCCCAACGCCACAAGGGGUUACCUGUAUUUAGACACAGCUCCCACAGAGGACCUUCUCCCAUGGCCGCCUUCUUCACCCCCUUUUCGGGUCUCGGAUGAUAACACAGAAUUACUAGAAAAGACCAAACAUGUAGCUCCAAUUAUGGUUCGGAUGGUGCAUGCCAUUUUGGAGGUUCUCAGAGAAGAGCAUGAAGGUAUGAGAUGGUUGGUAAUGGGGGAUGAUGACUCAAUUUUCUUUGUUGAUAACAUGGUGGAUGUUCUAGCCAAGUAUGAUCAUACUAAGUACAUAUAUAUUGGUGGACAUUCGGAGACUAUAAUGUCGAAUGUGUAUUUCGGGUUCAAUACGGGUUUUGGAGGAGCUGGAUUUGCCCUGAGUCACCCUUUAGCAGUAGCCUUGGCCAAAAACGUAGAAGAUUGCUUCAUGAGGUAUCCAUACUUGAGGUCUGCAGAUCAAAUUACCAUGACAUGUAUAGCAGAUAUUGGAGUUACUCUCACUGCAAACAAGGGUAUUCAUCAGAUUGAUCUACACAAUGAUAUAUCAGGUUUUCUCUCAGCCCACCCACAAUCCCCUCUCCUCUCUCUCCACCACUUUGGCAAGGUGUUCCCCAUCUUCCCCUCCAAGAACCGUUUCGAAUCGGUAAACCACCUCAUGAAAGCGGCAAAACAUGACCAGUCUCGUUUACUACAACAAACCCAUUCUCAAGAACCCCUCGAAACGUUUCGGCCAUGGGGGAGGAAUUUAAGGCGACCAUUUUAUUUGUUUGAUACAAGGAGGCUUUCAAAAGAUCCAUGUGAAGCUCCACACAGUUUUUUCUUUGAAUCUAUAGAGAAAGCCAAAGGAGGAAUUGUUACUAUGUAUGUUAGAGCUUCACCUCGUGGAUUACCAGUUUGUUCUUCAAGUGGCAAUCACUCUGCUGAUUACAUAUCCAAAGUUCAGGUGUUUUCAUCACCGACCAAGCUCAUUGAGGUAAGUUCGUUAUAA